AAAAUACCCGCCAGGUGGCGGCAUGUUUCAUUGUUUACACACCACUGUCAAGUACUGAGACGAUCUGAUAUUUUUUAAUGACAAUUGUCGAGAUGAGUCUACCAGAGACCAGUGAAUUGAAAGCCAUCACCAUCAAUGGCUGCAUUCUCGUUGAAUCGAAAGAGGAUGAAGCAAAAAGAGCUGCUCGCCGAAGAGCUCGCAAGUCCCGGUGGGAAACCUCCUCCAGUUCCCAGGAUCCUCCUAAGAAGAAGCUAUGUUCAGUAUUGCUCUCAGGGGAACUUGGGUCCAAUCCCAAUCACUCGGCUCCUCAGGUCUCCACGGAUAAUUCAAAAAUACCCGGCAACACUUUAUCAACCAUGAUUGACACCUCUCAAAUGAGUGAAAAGGAACAACAAAUUUAUGUCUUGCGACUUCAAAUCCAAGAAGCUACCUUGAAAUUGUCUCAACCCAAUUAUGGUAUCCCGCCCAAUCCCAGAGACCGAAGUCCCUCCCCUGAACCAAUUUACAACAAUAAGGGUAUAAGAAUUAACACUAGAGAAGACCGUACAAAAAGCCGUUUGAUCCAACAAAGAAAUGCGGCUAUAACCAAAAUCAAAGAAAUCGAUCCCACUUAUCAACCGCCAUCAGCUUACAAGUACAAGAAUUUGGAUCUCGAGGAUCGCGUCAUGAUUCCUGCCGAUGAACACCCUCAUAUCAAUUUUAUGGGAUUAAUCUUGGGUCCUCGCGGUAGAAGUCUCGAGGAGCUGAGCAAACGAACCAAUUGUCAAAUCAUUAUUCGUGGCAAGGGCACUUUGAAGUCGGGCAUGACGGGUAUUUUGAAAAGUGGAACCAAAGUAGAAGCUAUGGAAGAUCCUAUGCACGCUCUAAUCAAGGGUCAGACGGCAGAGGACGUCAAAAAGGCAGUCAAAGAGAUUGAGGAUAUCAUCCACCUUCAGAUCUAUCAACCGGACUCUGAGAAAGCCGUGGCUUUGAGAGCCAAGACAAUGCACGAUUUGGCGGUCUUAAAUGGAACCUUAAGGGACAUAGACCUAAAGUGCCUUAAUUGUGGGAAAUGGGGACACAACGCUUGGGAGUGCUCUGAGGGCUCCAAUUUCACCUCGUCCGUCAUUUGCUCAGCCUGUGGUGGCAUUGGCCACGUCACCUCAGAUUGUCGCCAGCGCCGUCCGGGAGCACUUUUUAAUCAGACCAAGGGUAAAAAAGACUCGAAUCAGAUUGACUCGGAGUACGAGCACUUUCUCACAGAUAUGGGAUUCGACCCCAAAAAGGAGUCGAAGAAAGACGACAAAUACGCCCCUCCCGUGGGAGAUUUAUCCAAAGUCGGUGCUCCUCUCAUGCUCACCUAUGGGAGUGGUGCUUCUGGUGCAGCCAGUGCGCACUCAAGGGCUGUGUCUGCAGGACAAUGUCCUGGCGGGAGUUUGACUGCGUUGGGCAAGUCAAUUUUUGGCGGUAAACUAACAAGAAUGACCGCUGGAUUCAAAAGUCAUGAUGAGCGGGAAAUGGAAAGACUAAAGAAGGUAGACGAGUGGCACAACCGGCCCAUUCCUAUGGAAUGGCAGGUGGAGAAGAUGGAAAAGGAAAUGAUUAACCAAAAUGAACAGUAUAUGAGGCAUUUAAAACUUCAAGCCCAGGCCGAGAAACAGAGGAAACAAUUCCAGUCUUACCAAUUUACUGCCCCUCCGCCACCUCCAGGGGCUCCAACAUUCUCGAGUUCUGCUGACUCUCCUAAAAUGAAUCCUGAAAGUGUUGUGCCUCCUGAAGAUCUCCCUGACCUUCAACAUGACCCAUUUUCUGGAUUUAAACGAUUAUGAAAAGUCAAUGUGUUUUUUUCUUUAGGGAAGGAAUUAUAGAAUAUACUUUAUUAGCGAGAAGAGACC